GAGCAGAGUCGCGAGGAGAGCAAUACAAAAGCGACCUCGGAUCUCGCCGGAGCUGCAAGCGUUAAGGGGAGGCGGGGAGUGACGCGAUUUGCGUCUGGAGCGGCUCCUUGGAGUCCACAGCAUCCACCGCCGGAGCCUCGCCUUCCUUUCUCCCUCUGCAGACAUAUCCAGACACAAAAAGAGAGGCAACCCCUGGACCCGUGCGAGGGACCCACCCCCACCAUGACCGAGACCACAAAGACCCACGUUAUCCUGCUGGCCUGCGGCAGCUUCAAUCCCAUCACCAAAGGGCACAUUCAGAUGUUCGAAAGAGCCAGGGAUUAUCUGCACAAGACUGGAAGGUUUAUUGUGAUUGGUGGGAUUGUCUCCCCGGUCCACGACUCCUAUGGAAAACAGGGCCUUGUGUCGAGUCGGCACCGUCUCAUCAUGUGUCAGCUGGCUGUCCAGAAUUCCGACUGGAUCAGGGUGGACCCAUGGGAGUGCUACCAGGACACCUGGCAGACGACAUGCAGUGUGUUGGAACAUCAUCGGGACCUCAUGAAGAGGGUGACUGGCUGUAUCCUCUCCAACGUCAGCACACCUUCCAUGACGCCUGUGAUCGGACAACCACAACACGAGACCCCCCAGCCCAUUUACCAGAACAGCAAUGUGCCCACCAAGCCCACUGCAGCCAAGAUCUUGGGAAAGGUGGGAGAGAGCCUCAGCAGGAUCUGCUGCGUCCGCCCACCUGUGGAGCGCUUCACCUUUGUAGAUGAGAAUGCCAAUUUGGGCACAGUGAUGCGGUACGAGGAGAUCGAGCUACGGAUCCUACUGCUGUGUGGCAGUGACCUGCUGGAAUCCUUCUGUAUCCCAGGGCUCUGGAAUGAAGCAGAUAUGGAAGUGAUUGUUGGGGACUUUGGAAUCGUGGUGGUACCCCGGGAUGCAGCUGACACAGACCGAAUCAUGAAUCACUCCUCCAUACUCCGCAAAUACAAGAACAACAUCAUGGUGGUGAAGGAUGACGUCAACCAUCCCAUGUCUGUAGUCAGCUCCACCAAGAGCAGGCUGGCCCUGCAGCACGGGGAUGGCCAUGUUGUGGAUUACCUGUCUCAGCCAGUCAUCGACUACAUCCUCAAGAGCCAGUUGUACAUCAAUGCCUCUGGCUAGCAGCCACCCACCUCUCUGCUCCACCAACACACUGGCCCCUCCAGUCUCUGUCAGACCUUGGUUUCUCUCCCGCCUCUCUGUUUUUCUGUCUUCAUCUUGACUGUUCUCCCACUGGCUGACUUAACCCCCACAGUGUGGGGGACCUGCAAAGAACCAUGGCAUUCUCUAUUCACAGUCAUCUUUGGACAAACUUUCCUCUAGUCUCCGGGUUGGGGGUGGGUAAGGGAACAGGGUGGGAGUUGGGGGAAGUACAGUCCUUGGAGAUGUACUGGUGUCUGUCUCCCAGCAUGCUUAGAGAGGCGGCUCUGGUGCCCAUCCUCCCAGCAUGCUCUGGGGAGGCGGCUCUGGCUCUCGCCUUCCCAGCAUGCCCUUUACCACAAAGGGCUAUUUUUCUUCUUUCUUUUUUAUUUAUUUUCUUCUGUUCAUUUAUUGUAGAACUGGAGUGAAAUCUGUGUGUAUGUUUCUUUAUGUUUAUAGUUUUGAUGCACCCCUGCAGUUUUAUUUCCUUUCUGACAGGACACUAUAGCCAGUCUCAGCACUCACAAAGCAUGUGAGGGCCACACCCAGGAUAGAAGGCCAGCCCAGUUCUUCAGUUCUGCUUCUCCAACAGAGAGAGAGAGAGAGAGAGAGAGAGAGAGAGAGAGAGAGAGAGAGAGAGAGAGACACAGAGAGAG